AUUCGCUAACGUUUCGCUAACGGGCUCAAAUCACAGCCAAAAACAAAACUUGAAGCGCGCGUCAAGUGGGGCAGCUCGCAGAAGUCAACGGAAUAUUUGAACGCUGAAGUUGCUGCAGAGUUGUGUCAAGUGUAGUGCAAAGGAUCAAGUGUGAAUCUGAAUACAAAAUAUAUAUAUAAUAAAUACAAAUUAAACAUAAAUCAAUAAAUAUUAGUUAUUAUGUGGCUUAAACUAAUAAAACUAGCGCUCUUUGCUUUGGUGUUGGAGCAGAGCCGUCGCUGCAUCGAUGCUGCUACCGUGGAAAAUCCAGCGAGCAGUAAACGACAUUUUCCUAAAGAUUUUCUCUGGGGCGUUGGUUCGUCCUCAUAUCAAAUUGAAGGUGGUUGGAAUGCAGAUGACAAAGGCGAAUCAAUCUGGGACCAUAUGACACACAAAAGUCCUGAGAAGAUAGCUGAUCAAUCGAAUGGAGACGUAUCAUCGGACAGCUAUCAUCAGUGGCAACGCGACGUGGAAAUGGUGAGGGAGCUGCAUGUGAGCACCUAUCGCUUCUCGCUGUCGUGGCCCAGGAUAAUGCCUGGGGGCUAUAUGAACCACGUGAGCACGGCGGGCAUCAAGUACUACAGCAACUUGAUCGACGGCCUGCUCAAGUAUAACAUUACGCCCAUGGUGACCAUCUAUCAUUGGGAUCUGCCGCAACGGCUGCAGGAGAUGGGCGCCUGGACCAAUCCAGAGAUAAUACCGCUGUUCAAGGACUAUGCACGCCUCGUGCUGGAGAUGUUCGGCGAUCGCGUCAAGCUCUGGACGACUAUCAAUGAGCCGUGGCAUAUCUGCGAGCAAGCCUACGGCGUCGACUUCAUGGCACCCGCCUACAACAACCCAGGCAUCCCCGCCUACCUGUGCGCCCACAAUCUGCUCAAGGCCCACGCCGAGGUGGUGCACAUGUAUCGCGACGAGUUCAAGCACCGUCAGGGCGGACGCAUUGGCAUCACUCUGGACACAUCUUGGCCGGAGCCGCGCGAUCCCGACUCAGCUGAAGAUCGCGAAGCCUCCGAGCGUGCCAUGCAGUUCUAUGUGGGCUGGUUUGCUCAUCCGAUCUUCUCGAAGCACGGCAACUACCCCAAGGUGAUGAUCGAGCGCAUCCGCAAUCUGAGCAAGCAGCAAGGCUUCGGAGCACGGUCGCGUCUGCCCGAGUUCACCACCGAGGAGAUCCAUCGCAUCAGAGGCACCUCCGACUUCUUCGGCAUCAAUACCUACACCACCAACCUGGUGACACCCAACGGGCACAACAAUACUGGCAAGUUUCCCAUACCUUCGUUCAAUCACGAUAUGGGCGUCGUCGAGAGUCAAGCUGGCGUGGACUGGCCCGGCUCUGGAUCUGUGUGGCUUAAGGUCUAUCCCAAGGGCAUGUACAAUCUGAUAAUGUGGAUACAUCGCGAGUACAAUGCACCGGAGAUCAUUGUGACUGAGAAUGGCGUCAGCGAUCGAGGCGGCCUGGAGGACUAUGCCCGCGUGGACUACUACAAUCUCUAUCUGUCCGCCGUGCUGGACGCCAUUGAGGAUGGCGCAAAUGUCAGUGGCUACGUUGCCUGGAGCUUGAUGGACAGCUUCGAGUGGAAGGCGGGCUUCACCGAGAAGUUCGGCCUCUAUCACGUGGACUUCUCGGUGCCCGAACGCACGCGCACUCCGAAGAUCUCGGCGCGUGUUUAUGCCAACAUCUGCAAGACAAAUGCCAUCGACUGGAGCUACAGGCCCACGCUGGACGAGAAGCAGCUGGUCGUGGCUGCCCGUCUGCCCGCCGAGCAAAGCUCAGCUGCAAGUCCCGCUACCCUAAGCUGGAGGUUAGCCUUGCUGUUGGGCGUGGCAGUCUGCCUACAUCGAAGAAGCUAAACUCUCUAUCUACACAAAUU